AUGACCGAUUUAAUUCCUCCAAGACCAAAUGCUGCUGGUUACAAAGCACAAGAUUGGGAUCCAGAGUCAUAUAUAUGGUCAGGUAGAUUAGUUAUCAUAGGCAAGGGAGACAAGUGUACUAUCAAAUUUGAAGAGCCAAAUGGUGAAAUAUUUGCUCAAUGUCCUGUAGAACCAAAUGCCGUCGAACCUGUCAUCGAUAGCAGUCGUUAUUUUGUAAUCAAGAUUAAAAAUGGAGAUCGUCAUGCAUUAGUUGGUAUGGGUUUCACAGAUCGUAGUGAUGCCUUUGAUUUUAAUGCUACUUUACAAGAUCAACAAAAUUAUGUUAAAAAUAAGAAACAAUCAGAAUUGGCAAGACAACAACAUGAUAACCAACCAAAGAUUGAUUAUUCUCUAAAGUCUGGUCAAACCAUUCAUAUCCCAUUCAACAAAGCAUCGCCAACCACCAAUACUCCACCUGCUGGCAAACCAUCAUUUGGACAACCAGCAGCUGGAGCUUCUAGUGGCGGUGGUUUCCUUCUUUCUCCACCACCUCCAAGUGGAACUAAAUCAAGACCACCAGCCCAACAACAACAACAACCACAACAACAACAAUCUAAUAACAACAAUAAUAAUCCAUUUGGCACUAACGAUUUCGGAUCAUCCACUUCUUUCUUUUAA